UUGUAAAAUGACGGGAUGUUAGAUUCAGUAUUCAUUUCCCCAUGCAAAAAUGGAAGGGCCAUCGUACGUCAUUGUUUUGCAAAACCUGACUGCUUUGCAAAACAUGGUCGGUGGAGCGUGGCGGUGUGUAUUCUGUCCAGUGUUUUGAUAGAGAUAAUGUCAAGAAUUGAAGAGCAAUUGGCUCAAUAUAGAGCUAGAAAACAGAAUCAAAUACCGACAAAACAAAAUGCUACUAGAGAUGCUGACAAAUUAUCUUCCACAGCAAAGGAGAGGACACCAACAACAUCAAAGUUACAACAAUGGAUAGAUGGAUUAUUCAUCUACGCUGAAAACACAAGGCUUGUCAGAGCAAUUCAGAGUAGCAGUCUUGCCAAAGCCACAUAUCUAAAAUUUCUGCUGUGGUUACUACUAUAUGCUUUAUUUAUUCAACUGCAGUUUGGCGUUUUCUUCUUCAUGGGCAGCCUAUUCUACUUGAUGUACAUCACAAUGACAGUUGGAAAGAUAAGGAAGCCGGGUGAACCAAGUGCAUAUUCCGUGUUCAAUCCUGAUUUUGAGACAAUUGACGGAACAUUUACCGCAGAGCAAUUUGAACGAGAACUCCUUCAUGGAGCUGGAUCUGUUAGGUAGAUGCAAUUAUAUAUAUUAUUGACAACAUUUUUUAUAUUUGAAACUUUUAUAAUAUAUCAAAUUUUUUUGGAUCAAGGUCUUUUGAGUUCGUUACUAUUUAAAGUUCUUUUGAGUUUGUUACUAUUUUAACUCUUUUAUUACUAUAUAAUUUAAAUCUUUUUUUAGAGGUACAGUAUAACUUUAUCAAUAUUUGAUUUUAUAUUAAAAUAUUCAAUAUAGAAAACCAUUAAAACAUCAGCUUAUAACUAUGGCUUAAUUGUGAUUUAAGAUAUUAUUUAUCAGGGAUCUCUGGUAAUUACAGUAGACUAAAAAUAUAAAAUUAUUGUAUUGACCAAAGCAAGCAAAAUAACAAUAAACCUUUACAUAGUGUCAAUCUAACUGAGUGGCGUAUCUAGAAAGUGCGCACAUCAAACCCCCUCCCCUCCAAAAGAAAAAACAAAAAAAAACUUGCCUCAAGUUUUCCACCCCCAUUAAAUAUUUCCGAAGCAAAAAAAUCACACUUUUCAUGUAGUUAAAAAUAACCAUAUCUUUGUGACCUGGCACCCCUUCACUUAAUCAUUUAGCCUUCCAUGACACCCCCUCCCCCCAUUGCAAGACUUCUAGAUACAUCACUGCUAAGUAAUCAGAACAGGGCUGGGAUUAAGCAUUUGUGUAUAUGUAUGUUUACUUUUCAAUACCUACUCUCAUAUUGCAAUAUUUAUUUUUUCAUGGGAAAAUAUUUCAAGAUUCAGUCCUUGAUGUUCUCUGGUAAUUGGAGAGAUAUCUGUAUUGUACAUCUUGACAGAAAUUAUUCCCUUCUAAUUUUUUGACAGCUUGCCAUCUAUAUUUUUGUAGCCUCGCAAACAUGUAUUUCUGCUCUAAUUUUACAUACAAAAACAUGUUAUUUGCUUCUCAAUCAUGUCUCUUUAUUGUUUGUAAUAAGUACCAUAAUAUUUUACACAUAAUUGUGUGUAAUGGCCUGUUUUAUUAUGUUAUCAUUAGAUAAAUGGAUGAUAAUAAUGUUGGUAUUUUCAGCUUUAUUACCCAUGGUCAUCGACUAUACUUGACAAACAUGUACAGCCCCUCUUCUUUCCAUACACCCAUUUCCUCCUCCUAUAAAUUUGUACAGUCAGGGUUUUAUUUUCCCCAUACGUCUUUGGAGACAAUUUUGUCCACCCUGUAUGUUGUAUCACAUUAAGGCCAUCUUUUUUUGCAUGGCUUAUUGUCAUAUCGAGUGAAAAGUGUCUUCUUCCCAUACACUCAUUCCCAUAAAUAUGAAUUGUCAGGGUUUUAUUUAGCGUAUUUAAUUUUUUAUUAUUACAUAAGAAAACAUGUUAUUUUAGGGCAAUUUCUGCUUCAUUUACAGUAGUAGCAACACAUCUCAACCUCUCAUCAACCUAUAUUUAAUGAUUGUAAUAAAUAUUUUACAUAAAAUUG